AUGCAAAUCUCUACGCGCGGCGCGAUGUUAUCCGCCUUCACCGCGCGAGCCCUGGUGGACCUCAAACCCCGCGAUCGCUCCCGAAUAGACUCCGUCCUCGCCUACGGAGACAGAAUCCUCGCCGGCCUAAACAACGGCACUCUCCGCAUCUAUCGCGUCACCGAUACCCUGAGCGAGGAAGCUCACGACAGGAAUGACAAUGACCACAACAAUGACAAUGACGAUGGCGGCGAUGGUGGUGGUGGUGGCAGCAAGACCGAACUCCUGCGCGAACUGGACAAAUUCGCCCGCUACAAGAUCGAACAACUCGCCCUGGUGAAAGAAGCGAAGGUCCUGGUCAGUCUGAGCGGGGGUGUCGUCAGUCUGCACGAUUCGCAGGAUUAUGGGCUCUUGCAAACGUUGGCCCAGGCGAAGGGUGCUUCUGUUUUUGCCAUUACGUCGAAUGUUGUGAAUGAUCCUGAUACGAAUGUUCCGGCCAUUGUGUCGAGAUUGGUCGUUGCUGUUAAAAGGAGGAUUCUUAUGUGGGUUUGGAGAGAUAUGGAGCUUGAAGAUGAGGGCCCCGUUAGUGAGUUGAGUCUUCCUGCUGCUGUUAAGACGUUGGAGUGGGUGUCUGCGACGAAGAUUGUUGUCGGUCUUUCGUCCGGUUUUGUUAUGGUUGAUGUUGUUUCCGCUGUUGUGGAGGAGUUAUCUGGGGGUCCGGGGAGUAUGGAGGAGUCUUCUUCUGCUGCUGGGAGGUUUACCGGCGUUGGUGCGGCGAGUAUGAGUUACAUUGGGAUGGGUGGGAUGGUGCCGAGGCCGUUGGCGACGAGGUUGAGGGAGGGCCAGAUUCUCCUGGCGAAGGAUAUCAAUACGCAUUUUAUCGAUUUGCAGGGCCACUCGCUUGGGAGGAGGCAGAUUACUUGGUCGCAUGCGCCGGUGGAAGUCGGGUAUUCUUAUCCGUUUUUGCUAGCUUUGCAUGAUUCUUCCAAGGGGGUGCUGGAGGUGCGGAAUCCCGAGACUCUUUCGUUGCUGCAGUCUAUUCCGUUGCCGGCUGCGCCGAAUAUUAGUCUUGCGCAUGCGGGGAAGGGAUUUCUUGUUGCGAGUGAUCGCACUAUUUGGCGCAUGGAGGCUUUGAGUUAUGAUACGCAGAUUGAUGCGCUGGUUGAAAAGGGUUAUCUUGAUGAGGCUAUCAGUCUCCUUGGUAUGCUUGAGGAUGCUCUGGUCAAGGAUAAGGCUAGCCGACUUCGCUCGGCGCAGUUGGAGAAGGCUCAGAGUCUCUUUGCUUUGCACAAGUUCCGUCAUUCUUUGGAUCUGUUUACUGAAGUUUCUGCUCCGCCCGAGACUGUUAUUCGCCUCUAUCCGAAGCUCAUUGCUGGUGAGCUCUCGGCAGUUCCGGUUCAGGAUCCCGAAGAAGCUGCCGCCAACGUCAAUGCCAAUGAGUCGGAUACAAAACCCAGCGGUUCGGAUGGUUCGUCUGAGCCUCCAGUUGGACAGUCCAUGUAUGCAACCUCGGUGCUGUCUCUACUUCGCAGGACCGAAGAAGGCAGCGAUACGAGCAGCGUUCGGGGUGAAGACAAGGAUAAAGAGAAGGACAAGGACAAGGAGCUUAAGAUGGCUGUUCGAGAGCUGCAAGGAUAUUUGGCAGAUGUUCGACGACGUUUCCAGCGUUUCCUCGGACCCGAUGGAACCCUCAAGCUCCCUGUCCCUACAGCUAGUACGGAUGAAGCCAGCGCUUCUGUUCUGAAAUUACUCGACUUUCCCUCGGAAGAUGAGUUUCUGGAUACCAUCCGUGACAAGGCUCGACUGGUCGACACCACGCUUUUCCGCGCUCAUAUGUACGCUACACCAUCGCUUGCAGGAUCUCUCUUCCGAAUUGCCAAUUUCUGCGACCCAGAGGUCGUGAUGGAGCGAUUGGAAGAAACGGGUCGAUACAACGACCUCAUUGACUUUCUCUACGGGAAGAAGCUGCAUCGACAAGCUCUGGAGUUGCUUCAUCGAUUUGGGCAGGAAGAAUCGGGUCUGCUCAGCGGUCCGAUGCGUACUGUUGGAUAUCUUCAGAAUCUACCCCCAGAUCAAAUAGACCUGAUCCUUGAGUUUGCAGAUUGGCCUGUUCGCACCCAGCCCGAACUGGGGAUGGAAAUUUUCCUCGCUGAAACUGAGAAUGCUGAGACGCUGUCUCGCCCGCGUGUACUCUCGUUCCUCGAGGGUAUUGAUGCGAAGCUUGCCAUUCGGUAUCUCGAGCAUGUCAUUCAGGAAUGGAAUGACCUGACACCGGACCUGCAUCAGCGCCUGGUGGUCUUGUACCUGGAUCAGAUUACUGCGCACAAGGACAGCGAUGCGGACACAGACACAGCCACGGAGUAUAGUUCCAAGUUCCUGGCCAUGCUCAAAGACAGCGAGCAGUAUUCUCCCGCAAAGACCCUGGACCGACUUGACCGCGACGACCCCAAUUUCUACGAGGCCCGAGCUAUUCUAUUCAGCAAGAUGGGGCAGCAUCGCCAGGUACUGGAGAUCUACGUGUUCAAGCUGGAAGAUCACGAAAAGGCAGAAGAAUACUGCAACCACGUCCACCUCUCAGAAGAACAAGACCAAGAAGACACCAUCUACCUCACCCUCUUAUCCCUCUAUCUCACACCACCCCACAACCAGAAAAUCCAGAAUGGGCCCGCCCUCGCCAUCCUCGCCAAACACGGUUCCAGACUCCCGGCCGACGCCGCACUAGGUCUGAUCCCAGCCGAGCUGGAAGUGCGCGAACUAGAAUUCUACUUCAAGGGCCGCAUGCGCGCGGCCAAUUCGGUCUUCAAUGAAGCUCGCAUUGUGACUCAGCUUCGGAAGGCGCGGGAUCUUCAGAUCCAGGCCCAGCUUGCUCUUGGCGAUGGGGUUAUCAGCGGUGGGACACGCGCUCGACAUGUCACGGUCACGGAGGAACGCAUUUGUGGGGUUUGUCAUAAGCGGUUGGGUGGGAGUGUGAUUAAUGUUUUUCCUGAGUAUGUUUCCUUCCCCUUCUCUGUUGUGUGGUGUGGUGCAGUGUGGUGCAGUUCAGUGCUAACCAACCCUUCUCUCCCAGCAACUCCGUCGUGCACCUUGGCUGUGCGAAUCGAGUUUCCAGUGUUGGGGGUAGGUGGCUUGAUUUUUGCGAUUUGGUUGGUUUGGUUUGGUUUCGUCUCCUCUUUUUGA